AUCCAAGGAUCCCUGGGCACUGAUUCCCUGCUCCCUCCCUUCCUUCCCGCCAGGAAUGAACUCAACGACCACCUGGACACCAUCGACUCCAACCUGGACAACCUGCAGACCAUGCUGAGCACGCACGGCUUCAGCAUGGACAGCGCCCUGCUGGACCUGUUCAGCCCUUCCAUGACGGUUACGGACAUGAACCUCCCCGACCUGGACAGCAGCUUGGCCAGCAUCCAGGAUCUCCUCUCGGCUCAGGAGCAGCAGAAACCCACGGAGACGGAGGCAGGAACGGCGGAUACAGGUACCAAAAACUGGGAUUGGGGAGGGGGCAGAGAGUCCCUGAUCCCAAAAACUGGGAUUGGGGAGGGGCAGAGACUCCCUGAUCCCAAAAACCGGGAUUGGGGAGGGGCAGAGACUCCCUGAUCCCAAAAACUGGGAUUGGGAAG